UUUAUACAAAUCACUUGAACGUUGUUAAAUAUUUUUCAAACGUCGCGCGGUUAGGUGGCGCACUACUACGCAGUUCAGUUUCGUUAAUUGUCAUUUUUUGACAAUACAAUUUUUGUGUUAAUUAAUGUUUAGUUUGAGUUCUAAGUUUUUCAUAUUGAAUAAAAAUAUGUUUUUAAUAAUUAGUUGAAAAGAAAAGGAAAGGAAAAGAAACACAAUAUGACUUCGGAAGAAGAGUGUCCUUGUACGGAUACGUCUGAACCUUCAAACCUAACAUCUUUACGUACCGACAUAAGUUCGAUGAUAAAUUCUUACGAAUCUUAUGAAAAAAUUAACAAAGAAGAGAACAAAUCAAUCGAAGAAUCUCAUCAAAAGCCUGUAAUUAAUCAAGAAUCGCAAGAAAUAACAAAUCAUCGAGAAAUAAGGCAAUGCGAGCCUGUGAUACCUUGUUAUUGUCAUGCCCAAAGAAUCAGUGGUUGUAUAUUACCAGCAAAAUAUACUAAAGAUGAUCGACGCAGACGUCGUUCGUUUUGGUCUCGUUUCCGUUGCAAAUGGUCUUAUAAAAAAUAUCUCCACGAUAGAAGUCGAUCUUACGAAAAUAAAUUACAACGGGGAAAUACGUUUUACGAAAAGCCUUCGAGUAAAAUUACAAAUGAUCACCCGAAAAUGAAGAUCGAAGAAAGAAUGAAAUUUCAAGGAGACAAAUUCCAAGAUAAAAGAAAAAAUCUCGUUGAGAGAAUCGACAUUUAUUACUUCGAUCAUGGAAAUUCUGCAUAUUAUCGAACAACGGAUUCACCACCGAUAUUAAUGACAGAGAAAUGUGCUGAAAAAACUGAUCAAGCGGCGACACGUUUUUGGGCUGAAAUAUUUGGCACGAUUCACAUAGGAACAGCAUUUUUAACAGCUUUUAUUCUACAAUUCAUAAGAUUCAUACUGUUCAGUCUUAUACGUCCAUUGACUGUUGGUAUAUUGCAAUUAUUUGCAGACUAUUUCAUGAAGCCUCUACUUUCGAUAAUAUUUAACGCAUUGAUACAACCGAUUUUAAUACUCUUAUACAAUAUAGCAACAUCUAUCAAAGACCUUAGCGAGCCAUUGGCAGAAGCAAUUGGUUUAUUUUUAAGAGAGAUAGCUAAUCUUUGUAGAUCUAUUAGAAUAAUCGAGAUAAAGUAUGAUAAUAAGAGUUCUCCUACUUGAACGUGAGAAACAAAUCAUUGAAACGUAUGUCAAUCGGCAUACCGAAUGAGGAUAAUUUGGAAGAAUUUUAUUACGGCCAAAGGAUUUACAACAAG